UGUUUGCUAGUGACGUUUUUUAAUAGUUUUUAGACAACAAUAGAGGUCUACAGCACUGUUAGUAGAUCAGUUCAUUGUUAGUUUGGCUCCAAACAUUAGAUCGAGAUGUUUAAAAUAAGAAAAACAUAUAGAUAUCUAUCUAUAUAGAAACCUUAUCCUUUAAAUAUAGUUAGUUUGUUGAUGAUACAGUGAUUUACAUUGUACAUGUUUACCAUUUAUAGAGCUUUCAUAGCAUUCAGAUCAUAAUCAAAGCUUGUUCCUUCAUUAUGAAAAGUUUGUGAUGUGUGUUUAACAGUUUUUGGACAACAACAGAGGGAUCAGAUAUAUCAGACUUUGAUACACACACAAUACUUCACUGGAAGAUCAACAGGAGAUCCCAUUUUUCUGCAAGAUGCUGAUAACGUUUGGCCUUAAUGCAACAACUAAACUAAGACUGGUGUUUUUGGUGUAUUUUUAAAACUGAUUAUUAUACUAGCAACUACAGUGUGAUGAUGUCAUGCUCUGACAGUGAUGCCUGCAUUCGUAACACCGCCUUGGUUGCCGUGAGUUACCACAUUAACAGCUCGGUUUGGAUUAAUCGGUACGCUAACGGUAAAGUCUCGUCUUUUAACUCAAACCUCAGACCGUCCCGUUCGAGGAGUCACGCUGCGCUCCGCUCUGCAAGAAGAGCUGAGGAUGAUCCACGAAAAGAUGGAGGCCAAGAGGAUCGCUCGCAUCGCCCUGGCCGAGAUCAGAGCCUUCCUCGCCGAGGAGGAGGAAGAGAAGGAGGCGGCAUGGGCGCUGAAGAUGAAGACGCUGGAGGCGGCCCAGGAGCAACUGAAGGAGGAGACAGAGAGGGUGGAGAAGGAGAAAGAGGAGAAGGAGAACAUGGAAAAAGAGAAGGCAGAGAAGGAAAUGAUGGUAGAAGAGAAGGCAGAUAUGGAGAGGGAGAAUGUGGAGAAGGAGAGGAUUGAAAAAGAGAAGGCAGAAAAGGAAAGGAUGGAAAGACAGAUGGCUGAGAAGGAAAGGGUGGAGAGGGAAGCUAAAGAGAAAGCAGAGAAAGAGAAACAAGAUAUGGAGAGACUGGCCAAAGAAGAGAGGGAACAACUGGAGCGAGAGAUAGCCGAGAAGGAUAAGAUGGAGAGAGAGCGUCUGGCCAGGGAACGAGAGAAAGAAGCCAAGGAGAAGGAGGAGAGGGAACGACUGGAGAAAGAGAGACUUGAAAAGGAAAGAAUAGCAAAAGAGAAGGAGAGGAUGGAGAGAGAGAAGGCGGAGAAGGAACGAUUAGAGAGGGAGAGGCUCGAGAAGGAAAGGAUCACCAAAGAGAAGGCGGAAAAAGAGAGACUGGAGAAGGAACGAAUCGCUAAGGAAAGAGAGCGAAUCGCCCGAGAGAAGGAACGACAAGAACAAGAACGGAUCGCCAGAGAGAAGGCAGAAAAAGAAAGGCUGGAGAAAGAAAGGAUCGCCAAGGAAAAUGAAAGACUUGAGAAAGAAAGGAUCGCCAAAGAAAAGGAAAGACUUGAAAAGGAAAGAAUCGCCAAAGAAAAGGAAAGACUUGAAAAGGAAAGAAUCGCCAAAGAAAAGGAAAGACUUGAAAAGGAAAGAAUCGCCAAAGAAAAGGAAAGACUUGAGAAAGAAAGGAUCGCCAAAGAAAAGGAAAGACUUGAGAAAGAAAGAAUCGCCAAAGAAAAGGAAAGACUUGAGAAAGAAAGAAUCGCCAAAGAAAAGGAAAGACUUGAAAAGGAAAGGAUCGCCAAAGAAAAGGAAAGACUUGAGAAAGAAAGGAUCGCCAAAGAGAAGGCAGAGAAAGAAAGACUGGAGAGGGAACGCAUCGCUAAGGAAAGGGAAAGACUUGCGAGGGAGAAGGAGAGGAUGGAAAGAGAGAGGGCCGAAAAGGAAAGACAAGAAAAAGAGAGAAUUGCCAAGGAGAAGGCGAGGAUGGAGAGAGAACGCAUCGCCCGAGAGAAUGCACGAAUCGCUCAGGAAAAAGAGCGAUUAGAGAAAGAAAGAGCGGAAAAGGAAAGAGCGGCGAGAGAACAGAGGGAAAGGAUGGAGAGGGAACGAUUGGCGAAAGAAAGAGAGAGAAUGGCCAGGGAGAAAGAGAGGAUCGCGAGAGAGAAAGAGCUGCUGGAGAGGCAGAGAGUCGCCAGAGAGAAAGCCCUCCGAGAAAAGAUGGAGGCCGAGCGGCUGGCGAAGGAACGCAACGCCGCCGCUGCCGCCAAGAGACCCGAACACCCGGAGAGGAAAACCAACACGUCAAUGCCGAGACAUCCGACGGCAGAGAAGAAAACACGCGGCGCCGGAGUGAAAGCUCAGGAAGUCAGGAGGGAGAAGAGCGCGGCCGAUGGAAAGAAGUAGUAACGUUAUCGCACACGAAGAUGCGAUCUGAUUCAUGGUGCUCGGACUCAACGGCGUCAAAUAACGUGUGAAAUGUUUUAAACUGUGAUUUUUGUUCUGUGACUGAACAGCUGGAUCCUUCAUUUAACAACAAGAACAAGUGUAGAGCUGCAACCAGUAGCCGAUAAACAGUAUAGUAAGUAUUUAUUAUAGUUCAGUAUCCGUUUGGAGUCAUUUUAGAAGAAAACAUUUCAAAAUGGAAAAAAGCUCCAACACACUGUCUCACUCACUGUUGUA